AUGAGUACUACUUUGGAAUCGUCUACUAUCCCUGCCGAUAGUCGCCAGUCCCCCGACGACAGGAAGCAGAGCCCUCCUGCCUUUUUGGAUCUUGCGGACUCGGCUGCUCGCUACGGCAGUAAUAUUCCGGACAUCUCGGUGCGUACUAUGAAGCGCAUGGAACACGAACGCCAGCGCGCUUUGCAGCGCAAAUUGUUCGAGGACCAGAUGCGUGCCCUCGAGGUACAGCAGGCGCGCGAGCUCCUGGGCAUCCCCAUUGAAUCUGCCGCCGCUCUGCAGCAUCUUGCGGUUUCCGCUCCCACCACGCCUCCGCGCAUCAAUGCUGUUCUCAACGACGAGGCAGCCUCCGGUCUUGCCUCGGCGAUGUCUCAUCCGUCGGUAGAUGUAGAGAGUCUCUCGAGGGCCGUAGGGUCUGUGUCGGACAAACGCAAGUCUGUCACGUACGCCCCGUCGGUCAACCACUCGCCGGAGAUGCCUUCGGGUAACCAGAGUUUCGCUCGCCCGGGCGGCGCCAAGAGCAUGCCAGCCAGCCGGCGUACUUCGGCUAGCGAGCAUGAUGAUGAGCUCGCCGGCCACCUGCAGGGGCUCUCGCUCGCUGGCGAAAGGGCGGAUCGUGAGCGCAUCUCGCUCCAGUCAGGGGCGAUCCCUCAAUCUAUUCUGCGCACCGGGAGCGAGCGCUUCGGCGUCAACGGACAGCAGUAUGGGAACGCCUACAAUGCGGGCAUGAUGCUUGAUGAGCAGCUGGAUCAGGAAAUGCACAACGCGAUGCGAAACUUGCCGACCUCGGACGAGGAUAAGUUUGCAAACGGGUAUCCCAGAAAGCUCUCGACCUCGUCGGCGGCUCUGGACCUCGCGCCACUCUCACAGGCGCCGCGUACCUCCUUCGUUGGCCAGUACAACGGUAACGGGCGCGUACCCGAGGGUUACGGGCGCGGCGAUCGCCGCACGGUGACGAAUCCGACGAUGAGCCUCUCGCCUGCCACCGCGGAUAUGUCCGUUAAGGGCAGUAUGUCCGGCUCGGCUACGCCGCUAUUGCAGCAGGUUUCGCAGGGCCUCACGCCCGGGCUCUCGUCGCGCCGCGGCUCGCCGCUGAGCCUUGGCGACGGUUUUGGGUCGCUGCCCAUAGCGCGCUCGGUGCCUGCAACGCCAUUGCCGGGAAUGCCCAGCUCCGCCUCGCACCUGUCGAAGGCGCCGGGCACGCCGCUGACGGGUGACGCCCCCGGUGGUGUCAAUGGGAUCUUGACGAGGCAGAACUCGCCUCAGACAGAGCUGAACCCGUCGCUUUCGAGGAUGUCGUCGUCAGGGCCGUAUGAGGGCGCUCCGUUGACGUUCAACACGAUACAGUCGGGAGUGGACGAAUCGCUGCAGCAGCAGUAUGGUGUCGACUCGGUGUAUGGGAUGAACGGGAACGGGAUUGAGGACGGACAUUACAACUCGUAUGGGUUUGAGGCGAACGGACGCGCGCACAACGGAACGGGCUCGACAGCGCUCUACCACCAUAACGGCUCGCGGUACGGGCUGGGCAUGAACGGCCGGCCAACUGGUGCGGACGGCAAGAUGGGUGGUUUGCACGGGCCUAAGCACAAGCGCGGCGACGUUGACCGCGAGUUCAACAGGUUCGCGGGUGUACGUCUGGAAGACCUUCAGGGCGAGAUCCCCUCGCUGUGCAAAGACCAGCAUGGGUGCCGCUACCUGCAGAAGAAGCUCGAGGAGGGCGUCCCUGAACACCGCGAUAUGAUCUUCCGCGAGACGUUCGGGCACUUCGCGGACUUGAUGACUGAUCCAUUCGGGAACUACCUCUGCCAGAAGCUGCUCGAGUUCUCGACGGAUGACCAGCGCAACGUAAUCUGCGAGUCUGUCGCUCAGGACUUGGUGAACAUCUCGCUCAACAUGCACGGCACACGUGCGGUGCAGAAGAUGAUCGACUUUUUGUCUACCAGACGACAGAUACACUCGAUCAUCCUUGCACUCAGCCUGCAUGUGGUGGUGCUUAUCAAGGAUCUCAACGGAAAUCACGUCAUCCAAAAGUGUCUCAACAAGCUGGCGCCGGAGGAUAAUCAGUUCAUUUACAAUGCCGUCGCCGCGAACUGCGUCGAAGUCGCGACCCAUCGCCAUGGCUGCUGUGUCCUGCAGCGUUGCGUCGAUCACGCAUCAGAAGCGCAACGCGUCCAGCUUGUCAAUGAGAUCACCUACAACGCGCUGACGCUGGUGCAGGAUCCUUAUGGCAACUAUGUUGUGCAAUAUAUUCUGGACCUGAACGAUAACCGCUUCAGCGAUGCCGUCAUCCGACAAUUCACCGGCAAUGUCUGCGCGCUGUCGGUGCAGAAAUUCAGUUCGAACGUCAUUGAGAAGUGCGUUCGCGUUGCAGAACACAACACCCGUAAGAUGUUGAUCGGGGAACUGCUCAACCGCACGCGGCUGGAGAAGCUCUUGCGUGACUCUUAUGGCAACUACUGCGUGCAGACUGCCUUGGAUUACGCCGAGCCGGGCCAGCGGGCCCUGCUCGUCGAGGGCAUCCGGCCUGUUUUGCCUCUUAUUCGGAACACGCCGUAUGGCAAGCGCAUUCAAAACAAGCUGCAGCGAGAACAUAUGGACGGAUAUGGCGGUGGCGGUGGCGGCGCCAGCUACCACCACCCUCUCGGUAACCAGGGUAUGGGUAUGGGUCAGGGUCACGGUGGCCGUCACAUGACGCAUCAGGCUUUGCACUCCCCCGGCGCACUCGCGGAUGCAUACACCGCGCCCAGCGGCCUCUACGGCGCGCACGGCCUGCAGGGACAGGGGCUCCACGCCGCUCAGCUGCACAAUCUGCAGCCGCACACGAUCGACAGCUACGUGAUGCAGAACACAAGCAACCAUAGCCCCGGUCUGACGCCUCCACACACACAAGCGGGUGCGUUCUCGUCGUACGGCGGCAUGAGCUCCUUCCCCGCGGUCAGCGUUGCGGACCCGUACCAGCGUUCGUAUGCGUAUGGAAUGUGA